GAUCAGUUCGCUUUGUUGCGUGUUCCACAAUCUUCCAAUUCAUCUCCUUUCGGGGGGUGUUGCUGUCGUUUUUCCCCACUUUGCCAGACAGAGACAGAGCUAUAUACCUUCACUAUACGUAGGUACCAUGUCUAUAGUGUCGUGCAGCAGCAGCAGGCGAGCCGAGGUUUGACAUGUUACAGAACAGUGGGUCGCAGAAAAGCCCAGAGACGGCCUUCGCGUAAUCCGUCGUGCCUCGCCACGCGCAACUUGCCGUCGACGUCGUCGAUCAAGCUUGUUUUCGGGGAGCUCGCGCUAUUGCGCAAAUCCCGGGAGCAUCCUCCCGACCAGCUGAGCAAGUAUCUCUGGGAAAACCAGCGCGCAAGACACCCGUGACAUAAACAAACACUGUCGGGGAAUUCGAGUCCCUGGGAUUUCACGCGCGCCAGUAAUCAUCGCCGUCUCUGCCAGUUUCGGCAACACCUGGUUGCGAACUUUUCUACGAUCGUCCUGUUAACUAGAUGAUCUUGACCCUGGCACAGGAGAGUACCUGAAGAGGAAGUCUGCAACUAUGUCAUAGUUACCUAUUUGCUAGUUAGGCUGACAGUCAUGAGCCGAAUCCUUGUUCGAGAGCUUUGGACUGCAUUGUACUCUGGAAACUAUGACUUGGACACCCUCUGCUCAUUCGCAUCGUUGUAGCUGGCCGGAUUACUCUGACUUUCUCAGGAGGAUCUUUGAAGGAUUCGCUUGACUGGAAGAUACUUUUGUUAGAUAGAAAUAUUUUGAUCAUGGGCAAAGCAUAAAUACAGUAUUUUUAAUAAGAGAUUUUGAACAUCUACAAUUAAGAGAGAUAAAUACACACACACACACACACACACACACUAUGUCUUCUGUAAACAGUGUUGAGUCCCUAGGGACUCUGCAGUGGGACAUGAUUGAAUUGGCAGGGCAUUUGCGGCAGGAACAUUUAUUCGUCAAUUCUGAACAACAAAAUUUACAAUCCUUGAAUGAACGGGUACUAUGCUUAUCAUCUGAUUUGGCACAGCAAGCAUGGAUAACAGCUCAACAGAGGGUUAAUUUGAAUCGCUUGAUCGUAGCAAGACCUGACUGUACUCCAGCAUCUUGCUGUCAGAGAGCAAAUAUUUUGGAAAAUUCUCGAUUCAUAGAUGCUUUCAAGCAGUUGCGCUACCAGCCAUGCAUUGCAUAUGGAGAAUUUCUAUCCUCUCUGCGUACAUCACCAAAACUACUUGCUUCUUGCUUAGCGGAGGGGGAUAAAAUUGUGCCGGACAUGAUGCAGAACGUCAUUCAGUCUCUGGCAAGUGGGCUCUACGGCAGCUGCUUACUACCAGAAGACAAAAUUUUGGUUUUGAAGCUUUUGAGGCAUCUCAUGCUUCUGCAGAUCGUCCCGUCGGAAAAUCCGAGGAAACUACUGCAUAAAACUUGUGCUUUUUCGAUAUUUUAUUCUGUAUUCCAUGAAAGCCUUUUCUCUGCUAAGCUGUUUUUAACUGCUGCGUUAAACGGCCCGAUAAUGCAGUUACUAAUGGAGGAUGAGAUGUUUCUCGACAUUGAUCCAGACAAAGCACCGAUAAGAUUUCCUCCUGGUGAGAGACUGAAAAAGUUUGGCAAGGAAGGCACUGUAGAGUAUCAAAAUAAACUGCAACGGUAUAGGCAUUGGACGGUGAAUUCGUUAGUGCGCAUCGCUCAAAGGUUCAUAGUAAGCAUCCGCGAAAACAUGCACUGUUUCCCCACGUGCCUCUGCUGGUUGGUGCGCCAGAUGGCAGGUCUGCUAAACAAGAGUGGCAACAUCGAUCCCAAGGAAAUCCACGCGAUGUGUACCGAUCUCGUGUUCACUUACUUCAUUUGCCCCGCGAUCGUUAACCCCGAGCCUUACGGCAUCACGGACGCUCCGAUCAGCUACGUGGCCCGUUUCAAUCUUAUGCAGGUCGGCCAGAUACUGCAGAUGCUCUCACUCAUCAAGUACCAGAGCAUCGAUCCCAAGGUGAUCGAUCUUUACCGGAGAUUCGAGAAGGACUCGGUAUCAUCCAUAUUGGAUGCGAUGCUGGAUGGCUCGAUGGACGAGCUCGAGGAAGAGCCCAGUAUCAUCGAUGCCAACAAGCUGCAGGGACUGUCGAGGUCCGCUGCCCUCUUUACCGAGGGCGAGCUCAACAAUUUGGUUACGUUUUUACAAUCGGUCAACAGUGUGGCCGCUGCUGCCAGCGCCAACCAGGAUGACGCUGCUGUGGCAAGCAACGGUGUCGUUGCUCCGCCGGUCGCCCCGGCCACAGCUCUUGAUCAGAAACAACUCAACGACAUGCUGUCGCAACUGCCUUCGAGUGUUCUCAGCGCCAGCAAAACAACGAACAACGCCUCACCCGAAACACCAAACAAGAGAGGAGGUCUUUUGGGAAAAGUGAGCCGAGGUCGAGGAACGAGGAUUUCUGGAAACAGCUCGGUGUCAGAUAUGGGAGACGACAUGAAUGGAGCUUCGGGCGCGGAGGAUGACUUGGCUGAUAAGACGCCACUUGGAGUUUUGAUUAUUCCGUUCGGACCAGCUGUUGGGGAGUCCGUUGGAUUACUUAGUGAACAAAAGGUUUUGUGUAUGCAGAGUAACAUUGAUAGCGAAUCUAUGACAAUAAACCUUCCUGAAGAACUAACUAAUGGACAUAGUCGUAACCGAGAAAGUAAUGGUGACAGAAUUGAAACUCAAGAAAAACGAACCCGCUUCUCCUUAUCUCACGACGAAGUUCUUUUCGAAGGAUCUAUUGGAAACACAUCCGACAACCUGGAGGCUGUAUCCGAGGCAGCAUCGAACCAUAGCGUGGCUUCUUCUCUGGAACUUGAGACUGAAGAUCAAAACGAUAAUUUGUCGGACAUGGUUUCGGCGAAUGUGUCCGGAAGAGGAACACCAAACAUCUCAGGUAGAGAUACCCCAUCCUCUCAGAUAACCGAAGGAGACGAGGGUCGAGGAGCCGGAGAAAACCGACAGCUUGAUUUGACUCCACCGACUAUAGCAUCAAAGCAAAGUCGCUCGGAGAUUGACGAUAAAUUCUGCAAAUUCGAAAUUAAAAAACUGAUGGAAGGUGAUGAAACCAUCUCUCUGGUAUCGGACACAUGGUCGACGGACGUUUUAGCAUCGGACAGUGAACUAGUCGAGCAACAGGAGCGAUUUCCCUUUCUUCCACCAGCGGAACAGCCACCGCCACCUCCACUAGCUCCGGAACCUGCUCAAGUUAAUCUUGAUGUCAGCGAAACGGCCUCAGAAGCGUGGAGUACGGAUGUGCUGGCGAGCGAUUCUGAGAGAAUGACGGAAGUUGAUACCGACGACACUGCUAGUGUAGCAAGAUCUGAUGAUACAGCAAGAUCAGAAAUUGAAAGUCGCGGUGAGCCAGAAGGCGGGGAAGACACGCCUCCGCCGGUGAAUCAAUUAUUAGAUAACUCGGCUCAAUUUUUCCGGCCAAUUCGGGAUGAGGCCUUAGCCCGCUCGAUCGUCACCGUGCCCUCUUCCCCCACGACGCCGCUGUCGCCCUCGUCAUCGAAUGUCACAGGUCGAGGAGGCACCAGGUCUGAUUACAGACGCAGUACGAUGGAAUACGUUGACAACAACGCCAAUAGUAUUAAUAACUCCGUGUUUGGUAAAUCCAUGGGCGAGGAUCGUCUAAUCAGCCUGAUCGACAAACUGCAGAUCGAUGGAGUCAAAAGCGCAGGUGACGGUCAAGAAGCUGGGGCAGCAAAUCAUAUUGGCGCUGCAGCUGUAGCACCUGCACUCUUACUGGCGAAUCACAUUAAUCCGUCCGCAUCUUCGAGCCAGAAGCUGCUGAACGGUGAUGUGAAAACGGGUCUAGGUGAAUUAACGAGUAAUGGAGAUAUAGUAGUACGUCUUAGUACAGCGAGUUUGACUUCGAGCAGUAGCUCUGGUUCUGAACCUCGAAUUGUCAAGUCUUCUAAUGCAUCUGCUGAUUCGGCCUCUCAACUUUCUAUCAACGCCGCUGGAAACAUCGGUUGCAACGACGUGACGGAUUCAGCUUCUGGCGGUGUCUCUGCUGCUGCAAGCAGUAACAGCCAAAACUGCUCAAAGCCAACAAGCUCGACGGGAGCUAUACCGAAGAGUAUCAGCUUUGACAUGACCGCGGAACGGGGCGAUAAGGAAAUGCUCGAUGACGAUCAGAAAGGCAAACGCGGCUUCUUUGGUAAACUUAAAAUGUCUUUAAGAAAUCGCAGGGGUAAGUCACUGAGGGGACCUGAAGAGCUUCCAAGGUGUUACGAAAGGGGACUGGAGUCUACGGGUAACGACGGGAAUAGCCUGACGAGUGGAGAUGGUAGACAUAGGUUGCGCAGGAUCAUGUCCGAAGAUGCUACGUCUACGUGCAGUGUAAAUAGUGAUACCACAGAUGAUAUUUUAGCAAAAUACAGAAGGAAACCGAGUGCCAACAGCGAUACAGCCUCAGUGGAAAGUACACAAUCGCGAACGAAAGAGGUAGAAGACGAAAGACUUUUCAUAGACCCUAAUAACGUUGAACUGUCGUUUGCGUUCGCGGACGCCAAGAGAAAACUUCGGAUGGUUCUUAGUACUGCUGAUCUGCAGCACGUUCCAUGGACUAAUAUCUCUGAGAUAAUAUUUUAUCGACAGAGAAAUUCAUGGAUGCAAAAGGAAAACGAACUAGUUGCCUUCCUCCAGCUGCAAUUGGCUGAGGCUAUAAAUUUGCAGGAUCGGGCGUUGAUCGCUCACCUGCACGAAACUUUGCGCUGCGUUAGGCUAUUCAACGAGGAUGGCUGUAGAAAGCUGUUCAAAUCUCUCGGCGACGAUUAUCAGAAGCGAUCACCGUACAUCGCUUAUUUAAUCAGAUGUCGACAGGGUUUGCUGUCAACAAUAGCACAUUUAGAUCGAUUAGGGGAGAGGGUAAAAUGUGAUCGUGACGCUGUAAAUAGUCAUUUGGUAUCGGUAUGCGUCAGAGUAUUUUUAGAGAAGCGAGAUAUGCACCUGCAGAGAUUCUGCGAGGAAUUCAAAAAGUUGACCGUUGCCGACGAGAAACAGGAUCUAGUGGAUAACUUUUUAAACAGGUUACACACGGAAAUGGAGAACGAUCCUAUAUGGCAAGCGGCUAGCUGCAGCCAGCUGGAGUUGGCGCGGACAGUGGUGGAGCGCACGCUGAUGGCAGCUGUUUAUCAGAACGCUCUAUACCCGAACGGUGAUGGCGACAUCCAUCGCGAUCACGUCUUUCACGAUCACAUAAAGAAGCUGGCGAAGCUCGUGACACCUAACCACAAAGAUCUUCGUAUUCCUAAAAUCUACCAUUAUGAGUGCCCCUGGCCCUGGGCUCAAGCUGAGCUUGCCGUCAUCUCGGCUUACAAAACGCCGCGUGACAAGCUCCAGUGUGUUUUCAGGUGUGCUACCACUAUCAUGAAUCUUCUGUCUAUGGCCUCCGAGCGCGGUAUACCUGCCGCCGACGAUCUCAUUCCAGUACUCGUCUAUGUUAUUAUAAAGACCAAUCCUCCAUCAUUGCUCUCGACGAUACAAUAUGUGAAUAGUUUCUACGGGAAUAGACUGGAAGGCGAGGAACAAUAUUGGUGGACGCAGUUUUGCUCUGCGGUAGAAUUCAUCAAAACCAUGGAUUAAUAUUUUUUAAUAUAGUUAUAGAUUAUCGCUAAGAUUAAUAUUAUUAUUCAUUAUAAUUGCUAUUCUGUAAAGAGAUCCAAGCGCAUACGUUUAUGCUACAAAGCAAGGAUAUAAAGAAAACAAAGAAACUACAACAAUACUGAAAAGAUGCAAGUCCUAUAAAAAAGCUGUUUGAGCUCUAUAUACUUGAUAAAUAUACUAGAAUAUGGGUUUUUUAAUUUGACAAUAUUUUAUGGAGAAAAUUUUUAACUUUGUUUUUUCUCUGAAACGAGCAUACUGAAGAAAGAUUAUAUGCUGAGAGUUUCGCGAUGAAACAUCCAACGACUAAUAGGCGGAAAUUCACGUGAAGGUGCUGUGAAGUUUUCUAUUAAACGUAAAAAAAUGAAAAAUAAAAACGAAUAAGUAACAAUAGUGAUAUAUGGAGGCAACAGGGAAUGAAUUUAUGUAAUUAAAGUUUAGUCUAACGAGUUAACGCAAUUAAUUUAAUAUCAAUAUAGCUUGCAAUAAAUAGCUUGCGCAGUAUUCCGCACGUUGGCCGUUAAGACAAAUUUUUAACAAAAUCUCAUCUCUACUUGAAACUUCUUUAAAAAAAAAUGCAAUCUUAUUUGAUAUUUUGUAAAUUAUUUAUCUGCAGAUUUUUAUUUCUAUGUUUAUUAUAUUAUAGUGAUACUAUGAGAAUGUUAUUAUUGUUUCUCUUCUUUGAAUAACUCAAUAAAUUAUUGUAAUAUUUUCAAUAUCCAUUGAAAGUAUUCUUAUUUACCGACUACAUAUUCAUAUUUCAGGAAACUAAAAAUAAGACACAAUAGAGAGUACUUUUUAAAAGCAGGAAUUUCCAACAAUCUCUGAACUGGAUGUAUAAUUAGAUUCGAGUUGAAACUCCACGGAAGGUGUAAUAUAACUUUGUGCCAAGUGCUGUCGAAUAUUUACAAACAUUCCCGGCCGCGUUGUUGAGCAAACAGGCUUUCAAAUUAAACUUCAAUACAAGUACAGUUUUACGAUGCUCGAGAAAGAUUUAAAAUGAAAAUAAUAAAGUUUUUCCGAAGUGAGGCAAAUCACCGAGAAUAGAAGCUCGAGAAUCGUCGGCCCCGCAAUUAGCCUCGAAACGCGCCUGCUAACGAGCAGUAAAAAAUAAUGAUUUCGACAAAUCCCAGCUCAAGCUCGCAGUGCAUAGCUACAACCUGGAGGUGAAUCAUGAGCCCUACAUACGACACCCUCCACAGCUGAGUCUAGGUCACGUGUGUCUGCGGUGAACAGCAGCGGAGAACAGGGGCGCGGAACGCGAAAGAGUCGUAAAUGAAAUUAAGCCGGGGGCAGCAAACAUUUUCCUUUCAUAAAGCCGCCUGUGCUUGCGCGCGCGUCAUUGGCGCGAGCUCGAAACUGCAUUAACGUUAUUGCGUUCACGGACAUUCAUUUUCCCAAAGUAGCGCGCGCGCGAUGUCUACAGCGGGAUCGAUCGAACAACAUCGGGCAGAGUUUUUUUUCUCGUUUAUGUGCUCGAUUCAUUCAAACUUGACUUCUCUGAUAAGCCUUGUAUGCGUUUUUUGAUAAAAAAAUAAAAGAUCCAAUUAUGUUGCUCGAUUUUCGCACAGAAGCCAGAUCCACGGCUAUCGGGUAUCUCGAACAGCCGGCGCAACUCGAGCCUAUCGGAAAAGUCAAGUUUGAGUGAAUCAUCCCAGCAGCCUUGCGGCUCUAUAUUAUGAUGCCCUCCGGCGCAGAUUCUUUGAUCUCGCGCACCAUCAAUAAUGAGAUUUUCCGCGCUCUGGAAACCUCGAAUUUCCUCGCUGUUUCAAAGGGCUCUCCUUUUUCGCUCCUCGUCAUUAUUACUCCGACAAAAGUGCUUGAACUCUUUAUCGGCGCGCACAAAAGGGACGCUUUCCCCGGUUAUAUACGUUCCCUCUUCUUGCAGCGCUGCUGGUUUAGCCUCUUCGUUGUAGGUGGGUAUUCAUCUUAGUAUUACAGAAAUGAAAAUAAACGCGACCGCCGCUUUCGGUGAAUAAAAACCCGUUUUCACACAUGGUCAUGACAGUGUCUAUUUAUCAUGUAUCGUGAAAAAAGUGUCUCGUCGUAUACAAUGAGGAUUGAUGGCGUGAAAGAAUAAUAUUGAGGAUAGCGAUUUGUUUCUUAGCAUAUGGUAUAUAAUCGUGCGCAGCAGCUGUUUUUGAAAAAAUAAAAAUCUGAAGAAGCAUAGCAAAAAUAAUCGCAUAGCGAAAAAAUUCGUAUAUUUGAAGAGAAAUGUUGACAUUAUGCAGUAUAACAAACAACAUAACUAAAAGCUCCCGGCGCUACAGAUAGAAAAGCCCUUUUAUAUAAGCAAAGAAGGGCGGCGGCUGCGGAGCAGGUAAAGAGUAUAAUAUCGCUUAUACGGGGGUGUGCAUAUAAUGAAAGCGCGGCUCAUAAGACAGAGAGAGAGAGAGAGAGAGAGAGAGAGAGAGAGUAUAAUCUGUGUUUAAAAUUUCUGUCGUCUCUUCAUGUUUUAUUUUUUAAUCGAUAGAGUGCCAUGUGCUUUAUUGAAAGAUUCAUCAUUCGCCAUACAUAAUUGUCGAUAAUCGCCGAAAUAUAUUGAUAUAGUAUAUAAAGGAGCGUUCGCCAAGGAAAGAAACAACAUAUCUUGUGACCUAAAAAUGACGAUACAUUUAUUUUGCUUUUCUCUUUUUUUUUCAUCAAUGAUCAAUGCAAUCUAGGUCACCAGAAAUACAAGUACGUUCUUAUCACUUUUUAUUGUUUUUUUAGCAUCAUCAACCACCAUCAUUAUCACCAUCAGCAUAUCAUCUCAUCAUCAUAAUCAUCACCACAUCUCAACUUUUCACGUUUUUAAAUAAUAAUCGUAAUAAUAAUUAAUAAUAAUAAUAAUAAGUAAUAAUAAGUAAUAAUAAUAAUAAUAAUAAUAAUAAAGGACUAUGGAGGAAUUCCUGUUCAUUUCAUUAAAUUUAAUUAUAUAUAAUAUAUAUUACAUAUAUAUUAUGACUGAACCACCGAUACAUUUGAUGUAGUUUUCUUUUAAUCAUUCGGUGUUUUGCUUUGCUUGCUCGCAUUCAUUUAAAUGUUCUUUUAUUUAUUUAUUUUUGUUAAGUAAACGACGCGUUUCUCGGCCCCCCACCCGCUUGAAGAGGGAAGCUUUAAAUCGCACGCGCAAGUCUUUCAAGAUUAUAAUCCGCCUGCAUUCGUAACUGGCAUUCCUAGGAAGUGCACAAACCGAUUUUAAAUUGUUUUGUUAUUUUUUGUUAAAUCUCUUUCUUACGCUCAGCUCAAGCUCUCGCUGUCUUUCGCUCACACGCACGUUCUUACUCAGCUCUUGCUCUCCCUCACAUUUUCACGCUCUCGUUCACGCUCUCUCUCUCUCUCUCUCUCUCUCUUGCCCUCGCACGUUCUUACGCAAUCCGCUUCGUGAUUUUACGAAAAGUGGUGUCGACGUUAUUUAUUAUUUAUCCAUUUGUUUGCUCUUUCUUGCUGUUUGUCUUUCUCUGCUCCUCCGACUUUUGCCCAAUCUUUCUUUAUUCUGCUUUCUUUAGUGCACGCGAUCUUUUUUCUUUAAUAUUCUUAUUAUUCAUUCUCUCUCA